ACCACAAGUUUUUAAGUAGAGCGUUAUAUUUGGCAGGGAAGUGAAUUUCCCUGUACUUGGGUGUGGGGGGCACACUUUAAAGAGGAUUGGGGUGGGAAAAGUUUGCAGAUUUUGUGAUGCUUUUCUUCUUGAAUUUACCUAAAAUUUUUUUGGACCCAGAAUUUACUGCCUGAUUUUCCUCAGACCUCUUAAUUCUGUCUUACCAUGCAAUAUUUAGGAACUUCAUUUUCAAGUGUUAGUCCUUGAAAUAAAUUGCUCAGUUAUAAUAUGCCAUUGGUGCUACAUCAUCUUCACAAGGAUUACGAAUUAUCCAGCCUGCCUGUGCAACUAACGAACAGAAAACUGAUUUAAGCAAAGUGCCAACAAGGGACUGACCCUGAUUUUUGUACUUUGUAGCAUUCCUCAAAUUCUUUUCACAUCUUCUCUUACAGUGAAAACUGCAUUUAAGUUAGAAAAAUGAAGCAGUUGAAAAGGAAAAGGAAAAGCAAUUUUAGUGUUCAGGAAACUCAGACCCUUUUGAAAGAAAUUACAAAAAGGAAAGAAGUCAUUUUUUCCAAGCAGCUCAACACAACAAUUAAUGUGAUGAAGCGAAUGGCUUGGGAAGAGAUUGCACAGUGUGUGAAUGCUGUGGGAGAGGGAGAACAGAGGACAGGGACAGAAGUGAAAAGAAGGUACCUUGACUGGCGAGCACUUAUGAAGAGAAAGAGGAUGAAGGCAAACAUUAAGCUGGUUGGUUCAGGGUUUCCCCUUCCCACGUCUGAUUUAGAUGACUCUCUUACUGAAGAGAUAGAUGAAAAGAUUGGAUUCCGAAAUGAUACAAAUUUUGAUUGGCAAAAUGUGGCAGAUUUCAGGGAUGCCAGUGGAUCUUUGACUGAGGUCAAAGUGGAAGAGGAAGAAAGAGAUCCCCAAAGCCCUGAAUUUGAGAUCGAGGAGGAAGAAGAAAUACUGUCAUCAGUCAUACCAGAUUCCCGGAGGGAAAACGAACUGCCUGAUUUCCCCCACAUUGACGAGUUUUUCACUCUAAACUCAACACCAUCUAAAUCUGCAUAUGAUGAACCCCACUUGCUUGUAAACAUAGAGAAACAGAAACUAGAGCUGGAAAAACGACGGCUAGAUAUCGAGGCUGAAAGACUACAGGUAGAAAAGGAACGCCUGCAGAUUGAGAAAGAGAGGCUGCGGCAUUUAGACAUGGAGCACGAGCGGCUUCAGCUGGAGAAGGAGCGGCUGCAGAUUGAGAGAGAGAAAUUGAGGUUGCAAAUAGUCAACUCAGAGAAACCAUCUUUGGAAAAUGAACUCGGUCAAGGAGAAAAGUCCAUGCUUCAACCACAGGACAUAGAAACAGAGAAGUUAAAACUUGAGAGAGAACGCUUGCAACUGGAAAAAGAUAGGCUGCAGUUUUUGAAAUUUGAAUCGGAGAAGCUGCAGAUUGAAAAGGAACGCUUACAAGUAGAGAAAGAGAGACUUCGAAUUCAGAAGGAAGGACAUUUGCAGUGAUUUAUCUAGGUCUGCAUUUAGCAAAUGUUUGUAAACCAUAGGUUUUUCUCUGUAUCAAGUAAUAAGAAAAUGGUUGCAGGAUUAGCUUUUUUCCCCAUUUAAUGUCAGUGUUUUCAAUAGGGAAAAAUAGUUACAUGUGAGUAACUGUAUGCUUAAGUAGUAUGUUACAUAAACACUAUGUGCCCUAGUGUAAACAGUAUAGCAGAAAUUAUUGUGCUGUACUCCUUAAAUUAGUAAAAUCACAUAGAGCUUGUGUAAUCUGUGCACUCAGUUUACAAUGAUGUCUGUGUAAAAUUCUAGCUCAGUGGUUAUCAACUGGGGGUGAUUUUUGCCUCCAGAAGACAUUUGGCAAUAUUUGGAGACAUUUUUGGUUGUCAAAACUAGGAAGUGGGGCAGGUUGCUGCUGGCAUAUAGUGGGUAGAAGCGAGGGAUGCCUACAUCCUGCAAUGCAAGGGACAGUUCUCCAACAAAAAAGAAUUAGCCAACCCAAAAUGUCAAUAUUGUUGAGGGUAAGAAACCCUGUCCUAGCCUGACUGCACCUCUAUAACUUUGUUUUAUACUUUCAGAAUAUUAUUAAAAUCUCAGAUGUUUAUGUGGGUAGUUACUUAAAUGGCCAAAAACUUUAUAAAACAUAACUGUGUAGUAUAUAGAAUAUUAGGAAGUGAUGAGGAUUAUAGGUAUUUUAUUCCCAUGUUUCCAUCUAUAAACCGAGAUUCAGAACUGAACAAAUACACAAUACAGGGAGCAUCAGAGAUUGUCUACAAUAGGUCACUUUGAAACGCAGUUCAUUCAUCUAGCUAUUGAUGCUUUAGAAGUAACAGACACUUUUUAAGCUUUAGUUCCCUUCUUUGAAUCCAUUUUCUUAGUUUAGAUAAAAAAAUUGUCAUUUCAACCAUGUACUGAAAUCUUAAUGUAAGUGAAUGGUUGAAGCUAGUAAAAAGGAUACCAAUAUAAAAAUGGUACCAGUAGUCUAUGAGCUUGAACGUAGUGAGUGUUUAUUUGAUUUUUAAAACAAAUAAUAGCUAUUUGGGAGUGGGGGGGGAGAAUGUCCUUUGAGUCAGAUGAUGAUGAUGAUGAUGAUGAUGAUGAUAAUGAUGAAAUAAUGAUCGUAGCUGUGUAUUAUGAAUUAGGGAAGCGCUUGUCGCACACAAUCUGACCUACUCUGUAGAACAAUUCUUGAAAGUAGUAUCUAAUAUUAUUCCUGAAUCUAAGACUCAGAGAAGUCACACAGUGAAUAAAUGGCUGAUCUCAUACAUGGUGGUAUAUUUUGUCUUUGCCCCUACGUAAGGAACAAAGUUUGUAUUUUCAGUCCCUUCAGCCUUUAUUCUGAGACCAAGGGCUUGCCUAACCUGGUGAUUCGCCUUCAGUUCCCCUGAAUGUGCUUUUUCCACAAUCCAGGUGAUUCUAAUGCACACUAAAGUCGAAAAUCGGUGCACGAAAUCACUUUGAAUAUAAUGAUUUCCAGGGCUGAUAAUGUAGCUUUAAUAUAUCUCCUCUGUUGACAGAUACUACUUUGAUUGUGCGUGUGUUCCUUUUUAAUUUAAGAAUGUCUAGAAAUCAUGUGUGAUACUUGACUAUAGGUAUACAAGGAAAAAAAUACUUCUGUUUAGUUACCUUGACUUUGAAAUAGUGUUAUUUUUCUAUAACUGAAAUAAAUGCUUCUACCAUAGAAAUAAAAUCUGCCUAUACUAUCUGAAAGUUUAUCAUUGCAAGUGCUGUUCUGUACUCUGAGGGUUGAAAUUAUCAAGCCUGGAAGAGAACCUUAUGAUGGUGAAUGGGGUAGGCAUUGUGCUGUGUGCUUUUUGUACAUUUUAUUUGCUCCUCAGCACAACCCUUGAGCUAAGUCAUGUUAUGCCUACUUUUAUAAGAAAGGAAACAAUGCCUCGUUAAUUUAAUUAAAUACCUGGAAAAUGACAUACCAAUCCUGACCUAAGAUUUUGUUAUAAAAGCUCUAAGGAAUAGAAGUAGUGAAAGUUUGUAGGUGUAGUUAAUAAGGAUUGUAGCUUUGCUACUUACUAUGUGUGAAAGUCAUUUAACUUGCCCUGUGAUUUGAUUUCCUCAUUCAUAAAAUGGGCUUAAUAAUACCUGCUCUGCCUAUGCUUCAUAGUUUUUUUAAGUGGUAUGUAAACUGUAAAGUGCUCCUUAAAUGCAAGGUGGUAUUAGUGUUAGAUUUAAGAUGGGUCGAUUUCAGUUUCCUAAAAGUAAACAUGAAGAUAGCGCAUAUUAUUUUUGUCUAGAACAAAUGCUAAACUGGGUAGGCUACCAACCAAGUUGGUAUAAUCAGAAGUAUCACCAGAAUGGGUGUGUAGUAGGAUUGACUGCAAAAAUGGCCAUUAUUCCUCAUUCCUCCCUGUAUUCCCAUCUUUUGCAGAACAACUUCACAGCUCCUCCUCUCAAGAGGAUUCUGUUCCCUACCUGUUUACACCUGCCUGGCCCUGUGAUUUGUUUUAGCCAACAUUGUGAAAGAGAAGUGAACUGCCCGGUUCUGAGCCUUGGUCUCAAGACACCUUAAGCAUCUCUGCUUUCUCUCUUGAACUCCUGCCAUUCUUAUUAAGACAAGUCCCAGCCAGCCUGUUAGAGGAUCAAACACCAUGAGGAGAGCUGAGCCCCCCCGCCCCCCACCCCCAGCCAAUAUGCAGUUAAGCCCCGUGGAAGCGGAACCACCUAGCCAUCCCGCAGCUGACCGUGACAGCCCAGCCAGGAUCGGUACCACCCAACUGAUCUUAGCCUAAUUUUCUCCAAAAUCAUGAGCAACAUGAGCCACCAAGUGUUGAGUCGUUUUUUUACACAGCAAUAGCUAACCAACAUGACUCACUCCAGGUGUGCCUGUCAUUUCAGAAAUGCAGCAAUUCAAUUUUCAGUGAACCAACCCAAUUCAUCUGCACCUGGGGCAGGGUUAAGAAACCCAAACCUUUUCAACCAAAAUCAUGGAGAUUAUUAAGUUUUGUUUUGUUUUGUUUUUUAAGUCUCUUCCAGGAACUUAGGAACUUUGUCAAUGGAUUUCCUCAGGGAAUGCUCUUUAUUAUUUACCUUUUUUUCCCCCUGCUGUGACCCAUCAUCUUUUAAAAAGAUUACAUUUUUAAUAUAAAAUCCAUCUAGUCUAAAGUCAGUUUGUUUCAAGUCUAAAUUUCCAGUCCCCAUAUUUGAAAUGAACUUUAAAAGGAUAUUUCCAAUUGUUAUAAGGUAUCUUAUUCUAUACUGUAUUUUGCUGUUUUCUUUCUCAAAUACCUGAGGAAUGCCAGAACCAAAUUCAUUAGCUCCCUUCUCUCUUGUCUGUAUGUCAUCUUCCCUCUGCGUUGCCACCAUUCAUACCAGGUUGGUUGGUUGGAAUUUUUAGUUGUGUUCUGACCAUUUGCUUUCUUCAUUCUACUCACGUUGUCAUCAAGUCCUAUCAUCUCUUGCUGUGUCGGAUCAAUGUCUUCCAACCUCACAAGUAGUUCUU